AUGCACCCGCAGCCGCGCAUCCCAGAUUUCAUGUUCUGGGUCAACGCCCUGCAGAUCGCAUUCUCCAUGGCCGAGGUGGCGAUCUUCGUGUCCGACACGUACGUGCGGGCGCCGCAGGCGGUGCUGCUGAGGCUCGUGGAAGCUCUGGGUGGCGCUUACUGUGCAUUCCACGCCCUGGUCCGAGGAGUUCAGAACGAAUUCAAGCUCCCGCGCAUGUUUGGUGUCUGGGCGAUCGUGGAUGUCCUGACGGUGCCUCACAUGCUCCAGAGCGCCCUGGCGCCCUCGCCGGACGGCUGGCUCUCGCCGAAGUUCCUCCAGAGCGUGGUGGUGCUGCAGGCGUGGCAGCAGCUGCAGGCCCUGGGGGCGGCCAGCAGAUCAGGAGAUCAAGAGAUCAGGAGGCUGGGGCUGAACUUCGGCCUCAAGAGCUUCUGCUUUAUCGUGUGCGCCGCCAGCUUGAUACUGUUGCUCGAGGUGCUGGGGGAUCCCGUGGAUCUGCGAGACGGGCGGAUCGAGACAAACAUGGGCUACAUUGACCUGUUUCUGCUGAUCUACUGGCUGAUCGAGACAGUGUGUACUGUUGGGUUCGGGGACUACUCUCCCAAGACGCUGCCCUCGAAGGCGGUGAUGAUAGUUUGCAUGCUGUCGGGCGUCACGGUGUUCACCCUGCAGCUUGGGAACCUGCUGAGCAUCAUGGCGCAGGAGCGCCAGGGCGCAGGCAGCUUCCGCAAGAGCUACGGGAAGGCCCACGUGGUGCUCCUCGGCGGCGGCGUGCACCAGAUAGACGAGACCUUCCUGCUCGCCUUCCUCGAGGAGCUCUUCCACGAGUCCUACAGGAACACCUGGCCAGAGCUGGUGGUGCUGACCCUGGGGGCCGAGAGGGUCAUCAAAGUGAAGGGCCUUCUGAACGCGGCCCUCGACCGGGAGACGAGGCACUGCGUGAAGUGCCUCGACGGGUCGCCCCUGAGCCCUCAGGAUCUCGCACGCUGCCGCUGCGACUCGGCGCACCUGGUGUUCGUGAUGGCCAACACCACGGGCGUCCCGGACCCCGUUCGGGAGGACAACGAGAACAUCCUGCGGGCCGUGAACGUCUCGAUGCUCUACCCGCGUGCCCGGGUGAUGGUGAUGCUCUUGGCCCAGACGUCGAAGAGCAGGGCGCGGAGCGUGGGCCUGCGCCCCCAGCACUGCUUCUCCGUGGUGGAGGGCCUCAGCACGCUGCUCGCCAACCUCAUGGUGACGACGGGGGAGGCGGCGAUCGAGGCCCCGGUGCUCAGGAAGUACCCGUGGCUGCGGGCCUACGCCGACGGGCAGGGCCACGAGGUGUACGGGCUUCUGCCAGAGGCCGAGUUCUGGGGCCCACCCGUCUGCGAGUUCGUGGAGCAG